AUGUCGAAUAAAUGCCACAAGAAAGACCUUUCAGGCAGACUGGUUUUGCAGCCGGACUCGGUGCUUAACACCAUAUUUACCGAAUAUGGGGAAGAUGACUCAUGUCCUUGGAAUUUUGACGAAUACUUAGAGAACUUGAAGAUCCAGAUCUGGAAAAUGGAGAAUUAUGAUUUAGAAUUCGACCUGAUAAAUACAGAAGCACCUUACGCAAAUGCGCUCCGACGGAUAAUGAUCGCUGAGGUUCCAACGAUGGCCAUCGAAAAAGUGUUCCUGUACCAGAACACAAGUAUAAUUCAGGACGAGGUGCUGGCCCAUCGUCUGGGAUUAAUUCCGAUCAAGGUUGAUCCGCGGAGGUUCGAAUAUAGGUCGAAAAGUACGUGUUGUAGGCGUUACUAUACAAAGACGUAA